UACUUUAUAAACCAUAGUUUGAUAUUUAUAAGCUGUAUUCCGUAGGAGAUUUAUGUAUUAAAUAUUAAAUAUUGCGACAUAUUUCUGUAACGAUUUCUUACUGCGGUGCAUGAAUAAAGAUAUCCGAGGUUGACGUAUAUAGAAGCACUGCAAAAAUAGCUUGCUGAAUACUAUAUUGCUCUUAUGUAUCCUUUUAUGUAUCACAAUGUUUAACAUCAAAAUGUUCGUUGUACAACGUUCUAUAUAUCUUUUCACCAUAAGCCGUGUCAUCUGACACUGUCUUGUUAUCACUAUCAACUAUCCAGUAACAGUAAUAACAUGCAAUAAAUAAAAACGGAAUUAUGCAUUUUGAAAUUUACUUUCAUGUCCGCAGAUAUCAAAGUAAAAGGAUCUUUUACUUAAUAAUAAAAAUAAAAUAUUUAAUCGUUAAAAUAUUUGAAGUAUUUUAUUAUCAGAAUAUUUUAUUACUAUCUUUGUCAUAAAAUACUUUUGAUAUCGCUAUUUUGUGUAUCAUAUGACAUGAAAGAUAUACGACAAUACGUAAAUUUCAUAUUUUAAUAAAGAGAUUAAUAAAGUAAAGCGAUCUGGAUAUCUGUAUAUCGUUGGCAAAAAUAUAGCCAAUGAAUGUACAGACAUAAAUGCGUAUUGAGAACCGUGAUUUAUGACAGAGGGAUAUCGAAAGCUAUAAUCGCAUGCUACGACAAAUCUCAUAAAUGAUUUGCGGCAAUCUGCCGACAGACUCUGCACAUGUUGGAAUCUGUCCAAAAUUGAUGGUGCGUUUUCGCCGAAAAUGUAAUACGUACAUACGCGCAAUGAACGACGAAUGCUAGGCGUAUCCCGUAUAUCAACCAGUGAGACAUGAUUUAAUGGUUAUGAAGAUAAUGUAUGUGUACGACGACACAAGAAGGAAUAAUUGGCCAGAAACAUCCUGACUGCCAAGAAGUAAAAAAAGAUGCUGACAUCUUAGCAGAACAAGUUGGCGCUUAUGUCGGGAUAAGACCAAAAGCAGUAGAAAAGGAAAAUGCAACAAUAAUUAAAGAAGAAACAUUGGCAGAAGAAAAAGUGGAAGCAAUAGCUGAAUCAGAAUUACUGCCUACUCUUACAAAAGAGGAAGUACCAAUUGACAUAGAACUCACUACAGCGGUUUCAACAGAGAAUUCUUAUCAGCCUCCUACAAUUCAGAAUCAAGAAGAUUUGAAAGACGACACAAUUUCGUUAACUAUAUCCGAAAUGGAUAAAUCAGAUAUUGAAAAAAUAAAAACUGAAGAAACACGAGUCGAAGAAAUCGCACAAAAUGCAAAAGAUAUACCAACAGACACAAAAAUAGAAGAAAGAGAAAUAGAAAAUGAAAAAACUGAUGAAGUGUUGCCAGCGACAAAAAUUGAGGAAAACAAAUUUGUAGAAAAAGUCAUAGAAAAGAAAGAAAUUUCACAACUGGAUGAAACUGAAAUGACAGACAUAAAAGAAAUGCCGCAUAUGGAAAUCAUAAGAACAAAUGAAACUGUAGAAGUUUCGUCGGUUCCAGAAAUAGAAAAGGUAGAAAAAGAUGCAGAGAAAACGAUGUUAACAAUGGAUAUGAACGAAGUAAAGAAAAUUAUACCAGAAACAGUUUCACCAACUGUAGAUAUAAUCGAAACAGAAAAAUUUAAACCAGAUAAAUUUCUCACCGAAGAUAUUAAAAAAGAGUCAAUUGCAGUGGAAGAAAAAGAAAUAAAAAUUAAAGAGCCUACACCUAUUUUGGAUGUAGAAGAAAAACCACAACUCUUGGACGAAAUAGUGAAAGAAAAAAUAGAAACAGAAGAACCAGUGAAAUUCGAACCCGAUAAAUUCCCCAUCGCAGAUAUUGAAAAAAAAGAAAUUGCAGUAGAAGAAAAAAUUACAAUUGAGAAACCUACACCUAUUUUGGAUGUAAAAGAAAAACCACUACUUUUGGAAGAAACUACUUUGGAAGAAGAAAAAAUCGAAACAAAAGAACCUGUAAAAUUCGAACCCGAUAAAUUCCCCUUCACAGAUAGUGAAAAAGAACAAAUUGCAAUUGCAGUAGAAGAAAAAAUUAAAAUUGAAGAGCCUACAUCUAUUUUGGAUGUAGAAGAAAAACCAUUACUUUUGGACGAAAUAGUAAAAGAAAAAAUCGAAAUAAAAAAACCUGAACUAAUAAAAGAAAAGAUUGAACCUCCAGAAUCUGAUUCUGAUAUAGUAAAAGAAGAAAAAAUUGAAGCCGCAGAUAUGCCAUCAAUUGCGGACAUUGUAAAAAAAGAAAAAAUUGAAGCUGCGGAAUUGCCACCGAUCGAAGACACGAUAAAAAAAGAAACAAUUGAAGUAGAAAAACCACUUGUGGACGCAGUAACGGAAGAAAAGAUAGAAAUAAUUCAGCCAAUGCCAAUAAAGGAAGAAAUAGAAGAAAAAAUCGAAGCGGCAAAAGAAUUUGUGCCCAAAAUAGAAAUUAAAAAGGAGAAAGACGAAGAUGAAGGAGAUACACUGCCAGAAGAAGUUACACCGUUUAUUGAGUUAUUCGAAAAGGAGGAAAAAGAAGAAAUAUCAGUGGAAAAAGAAAAAAUAACACCGACAAAAGUCCCGCCGCUCAAGAAACCAGCACUAAAAGACGAAGAAGAAGUACCGGUAGAAGAGAGAAAGCCAGAAAUGGUCCACAUAGAAUUAAAAAUUCCAAUUGCUGAAAUAAAGUCAACCGAGAUGGAAAUUUCGGCGAUACCAUUCGAGCCAAGAUUAGUGGCACAGCCGUAUCUAAUCAUAGCAAAGAUCAAAGAGAAAGAACUAUUGCCAAUUAUACCUGCGAGGUCAUCCUGUACGGAAUGUUGUAUGGUUAGUAAAUGCCAUUUAUCAUAAUUAUCUUUCAUUAAUUAUUAA